ACUUUCAGGAAGUGUAACUCUCGAAGACGAAUAAGACAGGAGGUUUUGUAACAAUAGAUUGUCGCAACGUUUUUGCGUGAUUAUCAAAGGAGGGGAUCUCAAUGUGAAAACUUCUCAGUCAGAACACAGGAUUUACUGCAUGUCCUCCGGAACUCAGCACACCACAGAACAUCAGGACUGGUAGGUGAAAGCAAAGUGGCACAAAAACAACCGAUCUAGUGUCGACAUAGUGUGGGGCAUAAUCAAGAAACCACUGGGCAGAACCAGAGUGUUGUGGUUCAGACGUUUUAAGCCAAAGAUGCGCGCCAGCAAAAGCGACCACACAGUGUCCAGCAUGGAGAUCGAGGACAGUUCCAAUGGCUACGCACCUCUCAUGGAAGAGAGAAUGUCCAAAGCGUUUUCCGGGGUACGGCAGCGGCCUGUGAGGGUGGCGGCGGCUUGUCUCGCGGUUCUGUGUUUUCUGCUUCUGCUUGCCAUCAUCGGCCAGGCGGUCCACAGCCGCAACAUCGCAAAGGACGACGAGCUGAAGCAAAAAACCCUAUCAACCGUGCAGAUGAAACUCCAGCAGACUGUCAACGACGCCGCCCUGCAGAAGAAAGGGCUGGCGGCCAGCCAGGCCCAGCUGCAGGAGGAGUGUAACUACCUCACCAGCCAGAAGAUCCAGCUGCAGACCAACAACGACAUCCUGCAAAGAGAGGCAGAAACCUUGAGAGCCGGUCAGAGUAAGCAACAGGCCGACAUGUCCGCCCUCACCAAGGAGAGAGACCAACUGAAGGCCAGCGAGAGCCAACUGCAGAGCAGCAACGCAAAGUUGACCCAAGCCAACGACUUCUUGAAGAAGAGCUACGAGAGCCAGUCUCAGAAGGUGACCGAGAUGCAGCGGACGACCGGCGAGCUGGAGAGACGGCGUGACGAGCUGCAGGACCAGAACGCCCUGCUGAAGCACGUCUCGGAGCAGCUGAGGUACAACUUCACCGCGCUGCUCACCAUGGUCAAGAACCUCCGAUUCAGCCAGGACAUCUCGGCCCAGGAGAAGGAGAAGAUGAGGAGCAGCCACGACGUGGUGCUGGAGCAGCGGGACCAGCUGAACACCAGCCUCCUGGUGCUGGAGGCCACGACCAGGCAGAUACAGGACGGCUACACGGCGGUGACGAGGGAACGGGAUGAGCUGCAGGCCGCCACGGCCAACAUGACCUCCGCCAGGGACCUGCUGGUGGCUCAGAACCAGAACCUGACUGCCGAGAGGGACCUGCUGCUGGCCCAGGGGGGGAGCCCAGCUGCCGGGUGUCCCUAUGGCUGGCAGACGCACGAGCAGAGCUGCUACUUCGCCUCCACCGUAGAGAAGACCUGGGAAGAUAGCCAGAUAUACUGUGUUCAGCAAGGCGCCAACCUGAUCAUGGUCACGAACUCAGCGGAAAUGAGUUUCCUGAACAGCAUUGUGGAGCUCGGAGGCGAAGUCUGGAUCGGCCUGACCGACAAUGGCAAAGAGGGCCAGUGGAUGUGGGUGGACGGGACCAGGAUGACUACAUCGUUUUGGGCUAAAGGCCAGCCUAACCAGCAUUUGGCGAUAGAUCAAGACUGUGUGGAAUUCUGGUCGAGUUCGUCGACGCAUGGCAGUUGGAAUGACGAGGCGUGUAGUAUAAAGGCGAAGUGGGUGUGCAAAAAGUAACGUGAAAGCACCGUUCACAUGGAAUUGGGUCAGACUACACCUACGCCUUAAACACCUUAGAGCUUUAUGCUUUGUCACACUUCUUUCAACAGCGUUCAUUGGUACUCAAAUAUAAGUAGAAAUACAUGCUUGUGUUACUAUAAAUGUUUGUUAUGCCAUGUUUUCUUAUUAUAAUCAAUACACAAUUUUUGUUUUUGUCUCAAAUUAAGUAUCGUUAUUCACUCAAAUCAACAAAUGUCUCCUCAUAUACUAUUUGUGAAACUGCAAUUACAUAUAAGUCACUAAAAGCAUUUUCGGGUUGGUGUCGUUUAUUCAGCCUUUUCCAUCUGCUCCAAACCUCCUUGUAGACUCCCAGCGAACAAUGGAUCUCUUUUGCAGAAGCGUGACUCUCAACAGGACCUGCUGCUAUUAGAUUUACAAAAUUUGUCAACAGACAGUUCCCUAUUGUCACAUAGUGUCUUCCGACCUCUAGGGGCAGACUAAAGUCAUCAAAGGCAAGUUCAUUUUAUUUUAUCCGAUUUCUGGACAUUUCUUGAAAGGUUUGUUUUAAAUGUGAAUGUCAUUUUUUUUUAUGUCCUGUGUUGUCCAUUAAAGACUAAAAUUUCAAAGAAAUGUUGCAAAUGCAAAUGCAUAUGCCAAAAUAUAUAAAGAUGAGCUUUCAGAUUUGUCUGGUUCCCAGGCUAGUUCAAUCCCUCAUGUGCUUCUUUUUUAGCUAUUGAUUUAAAAAGCCAUACACUAAUAAUAUCAAGCAUAUUUCGUAGAGGUAUCAAAUGUCGGGCACCUCUAAGAUGGAAGCCAAACACUCAAA